UUCUUCCCAUACAGCACUCUGUGGAUACGAAGAACGAAAGCAACAGGCUUCUCAUCUUCUGUACGGUCCCCACUGCGAGGCGAGCAAGGCGCGCACGCGAUCACCUUUUGUUUCAACGGAUGUUCAAGAACUGUGUAAAAGAAGGCUGAAUUCGUGAAUUACCAGGAGGUUUCCUCGUCGCUGGAUUAGCAGAUGCGUUCGAGUUGAUUGAUGAAAUUUCGUCCAUGUCCAUGGAUCAACGCACGCUCGCACAGAGUCCUCUGGACUACAAAGUAGGAGCUUCCUUUGGCAGCCACGAUGAAGCAGACGACAACAAUUUGUUGCACGGAUUCGAAUGCAACAUCUGUCUGGACGCCGUGCAAGAGCCAGUCGUGACAUUCUGCGGCCACCUGUACUGCUGGCCGUGCAUAUACAAAUGGAUCCAAAAUCCGAACCACCAGAAAUCAUCGCCAUGCCCGGUGUGCAAGAAAGAGGUCUCACUAACCACCGUGAUCCCGCUCUACGGCGCAGCGGCCGCCGGCGAGGAUAAAAUGCAGAAUCGGAUACCUGAGAGGCCUCGGCGAUUCGACUGCAGAUGCAGUGCGUUGUCGCCGUCGCCGGUGCUGCGAAGUCCGGCGCCGGCGCCGGCGUCUUGGGCGGAGAAUGCGAGUAGCAACUACAUGGUGGACCCGAUGAUCGGGAUGUUAGGGGAUAUAAUAUGCGGGGAGAUGUUUGGGGAGUCCGGGACCGGGACGACGUCGUUUUACGGGCAUCGAGUAGCGUACGGAAACGGGAAUUGGAAUAGGAGGCGAUUUAUGAGGCGGAGUGAAGAAUCGUUGGGGAGGAUAUUAUUGUUUCUCUUCUGCUGUGUUGUGCUGUGUCUUCUCUUGUUCUAAGCCCCCCACCCCCUGGAUAUAUUAUUAUUAUAUGGGUUAUAUAGUUAAUGUAUGUAAAUAUUGAUGAUGAUGAUGAUGAAAGUAUAAGAUAAAAGACAAGGUGGUGGUGAGCGGCUGUUGACACACUGCACAGCUUAUAUGUGAAUAUAACUAUGAGUUACAUUACAUAACAAUUAAAAAUAUUUAUAA